AUGAGCAACGAAUCUCAAACGCUGCCAUCGACAGCGACCUUUGUAGUCGAGCAUCUAGACCCAGAAUUGGGCUCCUGGUCCGCUCUGGAGUAUGGUUGCAUCGCUCAAGAAUCCAGCGCCGCGGGCGUGAGGUUUCUCCUUACAUCGGUACCAGAGUCAUUAAAGAUUCCCGAUGAGCUUGCUGCCCUGGAUAGCUUAGAGGUGGAGCAUAGAGCGGUCGAGGAAAUUUUUGCAGAUAGGAAAGAGAAAAUAUGUUUAUUGGAUCCAUCGGCGAAAGCGGAGCUGCGUCCGCAGGAUGGGGAUGAGUUUGAGGUUUUCUUGUUUGGUGGGAUACUUGGCGAUGACCCCCCUCGAGAUCGCACCUCGGAGCUACGUCAGAAAGGCUACACGGGUCGCAGGUUAGGACCCAAACAAAUGACGACUGAUACCGCAGUUAGAGUGACCAGGCUGGUAACUCUAAGCAGAGUACCGUUGGAGGAGAUUCCGUACGUGGACUUCCCGGAGCUACGUCUCAAUGAGCACGAGAGUACAGAGAUGCCAUUUCGCUAUGUGAAAGGGGAAGAUGGGAAGCCAAUCAUGCCUGAGGGAAUGAUCGAGCUGAUUAAAAGCGAUUCGGAUAAGGGACUUGACGACCUUCUCUAG